GUCACACACCAGGUGAAAGAGAUUUUCCUGAUUGUCUCCCAGUCAAAAGGAAUAAAACCACCCACAGUGUCAGAAGCAAGUGUUGAGUCAUGAUGGCUUUCUUUUGGCAAUGUGCACUGCUUUUGAGCCUGGCAGCGGCCAUGUCAGCGUAUGCAGACAUGAGGCUAGACUGUAGGCCUGAUUUUGUGACGCUGGUGUGGACAGAGAGCAGAUCCCUGGCUAAUACCUCCCUCUUUCGUCUGGGUAACUGUUACCCCACCAGCUCCUCGCCCAGGGAGGCUGUUUUCAGUGUGGCUCUCGAUAACUGUCACUUCAGGAGACUGGUUACUGGGAAUCAGCUGAUGUACACCAAUGAUCUGACCUACAGUUCCCCUCCUGACUCUAAUGUUCUCCCGUUUACUCGCCCAGUUGUCUGUGCAUAUGAGAGGCCCAAAGACUGGUACCCUCUGACUUAUUACCCAGCGUUUAAUACAUAUGGUGAAAGUGAUCUAGUGUUCCACAUUGGACUUAUGAAUGGUGACUUCUCAGGCCCCGCGGAAUCUACUAGUUUUCCUCUGGGCUCUCUUAUCCCGAUCAUGGCUAGUGUGGCGCAGAGGAGCCAUCAGCCCUUGCUGCUGCUUCUGGAUGAAUGUGUAGCGACUACCACACCAGAGCUGCACCCUGAAAGCAGCAUAUACCCGAUAAUCACCAAUAAGGGAUGUCUAGUGGACAGUAAGAUCUCGCGCUCAAAAUUCGAGCCAAGGCAAAAAUCAUCAGAGAUCCAACUAUCCCUUCAAGCCUUUAGGUUUGCUCUCGGAGAAGAGGUGUUUAUCAACUGCAGACUUCUGGCUUGGGAUCCCGCCAGUCUUGACACAACCAAGAAAGCCUGCCACUAUGUUAAAGAGCAUCGUUGGGAGCUGCUGGACAACCCUGCCUAUAGCAAUCUUUGUGACUGCUGUGAAUCCAGCUGCAAGUCCAGGAGGAUGAGGAGUGUAGAAUCAGGGAAGCAUGCAAUGGUACAAAAAGCAGUCCUUGGACCACUUACCAUCACUGAUGUGAAUUCCUGAAGUAUGCUAAAGGAAUGGCUCCAUUUUACAGACUUCAAUGAUCCUUCAAUCUGAAUUGGGUUUUUAUUCUGCAUUUUGCAAGCUUAAUGCCUGCCUGUCUCUGUAUUUCAGAUUGUAAUGUGGCCAUUAAAGAAGUUUCCAAACCAA